CUAGUAAACAUUGCGCUGUCGCCUGCCCAUCGGCCGUGGUUAUUUAGUAUUUAUUAUAACCGAUUUCCGAAUUGCGUUGCCCGCCAACGACUUGGCAAUGGACUACCGCCUACCCCUUCGUGACUAAUAUUUUUAUUACACACGACUCUGCCACGACGAUGAUGACACCUAAUGUAUAGUUUAGGCAUUGACGAUCUUCUCUAAUGAACAGUCGUCAUGUUGUACCUCAAGAUCAUAGCUAUACCAUGUUUCGUCUUGUCGAACCAUGUCGUUCGGCCAGAUGCAGUACCGAUGGAUUUGAACGUUCAUCCAGAGCACUUACCAUACAUGUUGAACUCAAUAACGAAACAUAAUAAAACUCGCUGUUGGGGUUAUGAAAAUGAUUGCGAUACAGAGCACCGCUAUUUGGAUCCUGUGUGUCCAGGUCCUGGAACUAGCUGGGCGCCAACUAAACGAGAUCAAAUUGACGCAUUUUAUGAUCAAGGAGAUUUCGGUUAUGUAAAACAACAACGAGAAGAAAUCACAUACAUGUGUGAGCCAAUAAAUCAAGAUGAUUCUUCAUUAGAAUGCACAAACCAUUUGAAGUUUUGUCGUGGACAUAAUAUCAUGAUAAAUUUUGAAAAUAUAUUAAACCAAAACCACCCGAUACGAUAUCAAAUGGAUGUACUUACUAAUGGUCAAAUUGGUGGAAAAUGCAAGUUUCAUAAAGAGAAAUUAGAUGCUCAGUGUGAUCAUCUGAGUCCAUUACAGUCUUGGAGUCCUGAAUUAAGGUUUUUUACAACAAUUGAUCAGUAUCCUGGAAAAUGUGAUUUAAUUAUUACUGAACCCACAGUUAUUAUGAAAAUAGACGCAACUGUGAAUAUGUACCAUCAUUUUUGUGAUUUUUUGAAUUUAUAUGCAUCUCAGCAUGUGAAUAGCUCAGGAGCUAGUAUGUUUUCAAAAAACAUACACAUAUUAGUUUGGGAGUCAUUUGCUUACGAAUCUGCAUUUAGUGAGACUUUUCAAGCAUUUACAAUGCAUCCAAUAUGGAAUUUAAACACAUUCAGAGGACAAGUUGUUUGUUUUAAUGAUAUUAUCUUACCUUUACUACCACGAAUGAUAUUUGGGCUGUAUUAUAAUACUCCAUUGAUUGAUGGAUGUGAAAAUAGUGGUUUGUUCAAAGCAUUUUCUCAACACGUGUUAUAUCGUUUAAACAUUGUCCAAAAACCAAAUGAUAAUGGAAAAAUAAGGAUAACUUUUUUGUCUAGAAAUACAAAAUAUAGAAACGUAUUGAAUGAGAAUGAAUUAAUAACUGCUUUAAAAAAUCAUUCACAGUAUGAAGUAAAAAAGGUUGUUUAUAGUGGGAACAUUUUAACUUUUAAAGAACAAAUACAAAUAACAUAUAACACUGAUAUAUUUAUAGGAAUGCAUGGUGCUGGGUUAACUCAUCUAUUAUUUUUACCAGAAUGGGCAGUGUUAUUUGAACUAUAUAAUUGUGAGGAUGAACAUUGUUACAAAGAUUUAGCUCGUUUAAGAGGUGUUAAGUACAUAACAUGGCGUGAUAUAAAUAAGUUUAGUAUGCAAGAUAAGGGUCAUCAUCCAGACCAGGGUGCGCACGCCAAGUUUACCAAUUAUUCUUUUGAUAAAGAUGAAUUCAUAAGCCUAGUGGAAGAAGCUGCUACACAUGUAAAAAAACAUAAACACGGUUAUAGUCCUAAAUUACAUGAUGAAUUUUAAUAUUUGUUUGUUGUGCUUUAUUAUUAACUGAUUCUUAUGUAAUUUCGCUAAUUUUUAAUGUUAUGCUUGCACGUUAAGACAUUUUUUACUUUAUACUUUAAAAUAUGUUGUUUGGUUAUUUUUUUGUUUUUAUUAUGUAAUUUAUCACUUUUUUAAAAUAAAUAAUUUUUUUUUUUUUAUACCAUUGA